AUGAACAGCGUCGCGUUGGAAGAAUCAGUGCCAACAAACGGAGCUACACGACCCAGAGUACGACAGACUUUCAUCACACUGGUGACAAGUUUGACGGUCUUGGACUUUGGGCGAGUGGCUGGAUUCUUUAGAGGGCUUUGGACGCAAGAAGGAACACGUUUCCCCGUGCCGAGGUGGCAGCUCCUCCCGCUCCUUCUGAAGUUUCCUGGAGCGGUCUUGCCGGCCAUCCGCGAAGCCGCCAGCCUCUCUGAGCCCUACAGCAAGGUUCUUGACCAGCUGGAGGCCGAGGGCAAGAUGCGAAAGGGGAGCUGGUUGCGAGCCUGGCUCGAUGCUCUGGCUUUUUCGCUCUCGGGCUUAGACUGCAGCGGUACCACGACCGCAGCGAUGGCAUUUACCGUCGACGAACUCCAUUGGGAAGGCACCCGUGGCCUUGCCUACCCCAAGGGUGGCAUGGGCUCCGUGAUUGAUGCUCUCGCAGCCGCAGUGCGCCGCGAGGGUGGCGAGAUCCGAACGAAUGUUCGGGUAGAAGAGGUUCUGGUGGAAGAUCGCUGCGCCGUCGGUGUGCGAUGUGCUGGUGCCACGGGAGAGGUUCGAGCUCACGAGGCUGUCGUUUGCAAUGCCUCUGUCUGGGAUGCGGCGAACCUGCUGCCCAAGGAGGAUGCAUUGGAGGAGAUGCGGGAGGACUGGAAGGCGACGCCUCAGACACGCUCCUACCUUCACCUUCACCUCGGCUUGGAUGCGACCGGCCUGGAUUUGGAGAAGCUGGAGCCGCACUACACGGCCAUGACUAGCUGGGACGACGUGACCGCCGAGCAGAACAUGACAGCGGCUGCCUCCUGCCGGGGCUUUGGUCACAUGUCGCAGGCGGUCGUCAUCCGAAACACCUUCCUGGAGGUGGGAGACCAAGAGCACGAGCGCUCCGAGUGCUUCCGCCGCCAAGUCUCCGAGCCGGUCAAGAUCUUCUCGAGCAGCCCUAAGCACGGCGAUGGCGAGGACUCGGACGAAGACUUCGCUGCGGCGAAGACCGGUGGUCUCAGGGCUGUGGGUGCCUCGAAUUCCGCACUACUCUAG